CUCUGAUCGCGUCCGGCCUUUCCCUUCCCCGACCCAGCGCUAAAUAGCGACGCUGAGUCGAAAGCCAGAACGACGGGCUAUGGCGGCCUCGACGGCCUCGCACCGGCCCAUCAAAGGGAUCCUGAAGAACAAGAGCUCUGCGACUUCCUCUGUGGUGGCCUCAACUGAACAGCCCAGCGGGAAUGUAGAUGAAGAGCUGAGUAAAAAAUCCCAGAAGUGGGAUGAAAUGAACAUCCUGGCGACUUAUCAUCCAGCAGACAAAGACUAUGGUUUAAUGAAAAUAGAUGAACCUAGCACUCCUUAUCAUAGUAUGAUAGGUGAUGAUGAAGAUGCAUUGAGUGAUUCAGAAACCACUGAAACUAUGACCCCUGAGGUCUUAGCAAAGAAAUUAUUUGCUGCCGAAGGCUCAGAGCCAAAGUAUCGGGUUCAGGAACAAGAAAGCAGUGGGGAGGAAGAUAAUGACCUCUCACCUGAAGAACAAGAAAAAAAGCGACAGUUUGAAAUGAAAAGAAAGCUGCACUACAAUGAAGGACUGAAUAUUAAAUUAGCUAGACAAUUAAUUUCAAAAGACCUACAUGAUGAUGAAGAAGAUGAAGAAAUGCUAGAGGCUACAGAUGGAGAAAAGAUGAAUACGGAAGAAUCAAAUCAAGGAUCUGCUACAAGUGACCAACUGCAAAACAAAUCAUAGUUCAUAGAAGAGAUUUGUUCAACACUGCAAUGGUCAGAUAUGAACCCUGUUACUAUAAUACACUGCUUCUUGUUCUCUACAAUUCAUGACUUAAGUACUGAAAUGCAUACCAGUUAUAAUAUAUUGCCAAUAAUUAAAUGGUAACCCUAGAGACUAAUUAGAUUGAAAAUACCUAAUUGAUACAUAUACUCUUGUGCCUGGUACUUCACAAAUUCAGCAUAAUGUCAUUAGUCCAGGUCAACAUCACUUUUAUAAGAACACUGGUUAAUUUGUAUAAGAUACUAUAUAGCUUUUUAUGCUUUAGAGGUUAAACUAUCUUUUGUGGGGGGAAAGGGGACUAAUUUAUUUUCUUCAAGAUGUGGCUACUCUUAUAAAAAGUUUUUGGGUUUUUUUGUUUAUUUUUUAAAUCAAAAGCCAAUUGGAAUAACGGUUUGUAUAGGCUGAUAAAUACUCAAGGUGAAAAGCAUUUUAAUACUUGUCUUCAACUUGAUUUGUCUGUUUAAUUGUAAAGGAUUAUAAGAGUUACUGUUGCAUUUUCUUGGCCUAUACCUUUAAACUCUUCUUGUUGAGUUUCUUUGUGUUUACAAGGAAAGAUUGAACUUCUUCUCAUCAAAACUAGCUUUUUUCCACAAAUAAAUUAUUGGGUUAAACUUGCACUAAAGUCUGCUCUGGUUUUU